AUGGUCUCUAACAAAGUAUACGUCGUUGGGGUUGGUAUGUCCAAGUUCAUCAAGCCUCGUGGUGAAGUAGAUUAUCCAGAAUUCGCCCUUGAAGCAGCUGUAAAGGCACUGAAUGACGCUGGCAUUUCCUAUGAUGCUGUUGAAUAUGCUGCUGUAGGCUACGUCUACGGUGAUAGCACUGCUGGUCAACGUGUAUUGUAUCAAUUGGGCAUGACUCAGAUUCCCAUCAUCAAUGUCAACAACAACUGCUCCACUGGAUCGACCGCCCUUUAUCAAGCUCGCAAUGCAGUUGCCUCUGGUUCAGUUGAAUGCGCCAUGGCUCUUGGUUUUGAAAAGAUGGCUAGGGGCUCCCUUUCCUCUACUUUCUCAGAUCGCACAAACCCUCUCGACCAUGUCAUGAUGGUCAUGAUGCAGGAACGUGGCUUUGAUCCUAAGGCUCCUGGUGCUGCUCAAAUUUUUGGUAAUGCUGGUAUCGGUUACAUGGAGAAAUACGGCGCUACUCCUCAGCAUUUAGCCAAGAUUGCUGAAAAGAACCAUCGCCACAGUGCCCGCAACCCUUACUCUCAAUUCAGAGACAUUUACUCUUUGGAGCAAAUUGAACAAUCGCCCAAAGUAUACGGCCCUCUCACAAAACUGCAAUGCUGCCCUACAUCUGACGGUGCUGGAUGCUCCAUUGUUGCCAGUGAGGCGUUUGUCAAGAAGCACAAUUUAUGGGAUCAAGCUGUAGAGAUUGUCGCUCAAGUCAUGGCUACUGAUUCUCCUCGCAUGCUGACUACGGAUGCAAUUGAAUGGGCUGGCUGUGAUAUGACUCGUCGUGCUGCUGCUCAAGCCUAUCAAAAGGCUGGCAUUACUGCUCAAGAUGUUCAGGUCAUUGAGCUUCAUGAUUGUUUCUCUGCAAAUGAACUAUUGACAUACGAAGGCCUCGGCUUGACUCCUGUUGGCAAAGCUCAUACUCUGAUUGAUUCAGGAGACAAUACCUAUGGCGGUAAAUAUGUCAUCAACCCAUCUGGCGGUCUUAUUUCAAAGGGCCAUCCUCUUGGCGCCACUGGCCUGGCUCAAUGCACUGAGCUUGUCUGGCAACUGCGUAACUGGACUGGGGAUCGUCAAGUCCCCAAUGCUAAAUAUGCUCUCCAACACAAUGUUGGUUUAGGUGGCGCUGUUGUUGUCACCAUCUAUAAGAAGGCUACCCAAGGCUCUUCUCAACCUCGUGUUGGAUACAACCCUGCUGUUGAAGCAAGACCCAUUACACAAGAAGAAUACAACAAGGCUGCCUCCAAGCAAAAGAACAGAGCAGAGUUUUUGGAAGCUAAAUUGUAA